AUGCAGAAGGAUAACGGAGUAGUCCCCCUUUUGGAAAGGCCAAAUGUAAAGGAAAUUAACAAACACAUCGAAGCUAGCGGAUUGGUAUUAUGUCUCAUCCUUAAUGAAAAAGACUCCCCAUCACUUACCUCUCCAUCCAAUUACCUUCUGCAUGUCCAUAGGUACAUGUACCUGUCCAACAUAGUUCCGAAAUGUAUAGAGUAUUUUGGGUCCUUUGUUUUUCCCUUUUAUGGUAACAAAUUUGGGGUGUACUUUGAAUGCAUACAGGAGAGGAGAAAAAGAAGAGGAGGGACCCCAUUACCUCUUCACCCAAAUGGGAAAGAACACCAGGAAAAGUCUACCGUAACAUGCCCCAUUAUUAAUAACACAACAUCUGAAAUGCCCCCCUCCUCCUGUGGAGAAGAUCCCAAUUGGAGAACCGAGGUUGAUAAAUCCCUCCAGGAGAGGAUCCUCCUCGAUUGGAGACUCCCUAUAGGGGUACUGUUCGAUAUAUACUGCGAUGUGGAAGGGGAGGAUUGGAGUUUGCCAAUCUUAGAAGAACAGCAAACAAACUGGAAGAGAUGCUCCAGUGGGGAAUUAUUUCCUGACCAUGUUAGCGUUUUAGAGAUUACUCCAAAUCGGACAAGUAAUUUACUUGACGAAGCUGAGAGAGAGUAUGUAGAUAGGGACGAGAACCCAAGCAAAGCUCCAUUGAAUGGUGCAACAAAGGGUUCCGUCAGUGGGGAGAAGGCAUGUAGUAGGGAUGAAGAUGAAACCCAUGAAAAAAGAAACAGAACAAAAGUAGAAGAUCCCCGUGUUAAACACUACCACAUGCGAAUGAACAAACAAGUAAAUAAUGACUGGUAUGAUCAGCAAUUUUUAAGCAUAGCGGAUAGGAACGUCCCAUGGAGGUUGGUUGUACACUUCAAGGAUGAAGAAAACUACAAGGCACAUUUCGCAAGAGGGGGAGGAAACAAAAUGAAUUACGAUGGAAACAUCAACCUGUUGCCCUACAACACCUGCAUACCUCUGUAUAGAGGAUUUCACGACUUUGAAGAAUGCCUCAUCAAUCAGCUGAAAAAGGCGAACUACGUGAUUAACAAAAAUAAUAGGGUGCUUCAGAUGUUGCCGCAGCAAGUGGAAAAUGACUUACUGCAGAAUUUGAAACGGUUUGACGUAGAAAAUAUUUGUGCCUUGUAUAGGGAGCACAUUGAUUAUAAUAUGGUCCGUUUUGUGGAUUACUUUAACGCCAAGUGUGCACAGGUACAGCAAGACGGGGACAACGGCACCACCAGCGGGGAGCACAAUUCCGUGUGCGCCCUUAUGAAGGACGGAAACAUGGUUAAGGAGAUACCCAUAAUUAUACACAUUUAUGGACCCCCAUACAAUCAGGUGUUGACGAAAUGUCCUUUGUUCAAAAUUGCGCCCACAGACGGGACUGAAAAUACCAUCGACGGUUUUUUCGCCAACACGUUGGGGGACUUUCUGCAUGAGCAGUUCCCUUCCUUUUUUAGGAAAAUAAAAAAACACGCAACAGAAGGAGGGGUAGCAGUGGUGCAGGAUAACUCAAACGAUCACAGGGCAAAGGGUGAGGUUGGCGCACAAGGUCACGUUCUUCCAGACAAUGCAGUGGCGGAUGCGGUGUCAGCAACUGUAGAAGCCGUGCCAAGUGCACCCCCCGACGGGGAAAGCAUUUUUUAUUUUGUCGAAGACGAUUACUUAAUUUUCAGCCCCUACAUGUUCAUAAUAAUCAACGGGAUUCAAAUUCCGCUGAAGACGCCACUCUAUUGGCUCGCCGCUAACUUUUCCCAAUUUGAUAAUUUUCUGCACGUUAUUCUCCGUGUACCCCCCUACUGA